AGCUCAUUUUUGAAACGGUUACUACUUUUUUGGAUAGAUUAAAAUUGUUCCCUUGGCACCAAACAUGCUUCUUCUAUUUCCCUCCAUUUCUUUUCUCUCUCCUCCAUAAAUCCAUUUCUUUUCACUCUCAUUUCUCCUCUCCGCCAUAACCGCUCUCCUCCUCUCUCUGCCGGAGCUCAUACACCGGAGAAAAACUUCACCGUAGCUGCUUCUCAGAAAUGCAAACCGGCGUAGCUAACGACGGUCGAACAGCUUCUGGUUACGCUGUUUACUCUCAGAAACCGUCACCACACGUGAAGGACUCUCGAAACGUAAUGCAAUAUCAGGACCUGAUAAACCGUAAUGCGCUUUGCCUCACGCGCCUCCGUGAAGCAGCCAAGGAAGUUGAAUCCUUACGCCUAGAGAAUGCUUCGCUCCGUUCGAUUAACAGUGAACUCAACAACCACUUGAAAUACCUCAUUCAAGCCGCCUCUGUGCAAGAACAAUUCCUUCCUCGGGACUAUAGCUGUAAUACGAUGCCGUUUGAGACGAUGAGUAAUUUCUACAAUUUUUGCAAUAUCGGUGGCGGAAACGACGUCGGAGAAGGUGAAGAAGAAAUAUGCGAAGAGGAAGAUGACGAGAGUCCUACGAGUGUGAUUGAGGUGAAGAAUGCUGAUACGAUGUCGUCCGAGAGGAUUUCAUUGCCGAAGAGUAUUUCUGUGAGGUCUAAUGGUUACUUGAAAUCGAGUCAAGCUAGUGGAAGCAAGAUGACUCGUCCUAAACCUCUGAGUCAACUCGAGGAAGCGUUAAUGCAGCAGAAGGUAUAUGUGCGUGGAGGGAAAAAGGAAGAGGAGCCAGUAGAGCUAGAGGUGUACAAUCAAGGAAUGUUCAAGACCGAGCUGUGCAACAAAUGGCAAGAGACUGGAGCAUGUCCGUAUAGCGAUAACUGCCAAUUUGCUCAUGGAAUUGAGGAGCUUCGUCCAGUUAUACGUCAUCCUCGCUACAAGACUGAAGUCUGUCGAAUGGUACUCUCCGGUGAUGUCUGUCCUUAUGGCCAUCGCUGCCACUUCCGUCAUGUCCUUACUGAACAGGAAAGGCUCAUGGGUCAACUCAGUAACCGCAGAUCAAUCAAGCUCCGGAGGUAAAAUAUAUAUAAUCUGAGAAGCAUUGCAAAUGUGGGGCUAAUGUAGAGAGAUAUUCGGACAUGUUUAUAAUCCUCCAACUGAGUGGUAAAUAAACGAGGCGAUAAUAAGUAUAAUAAUAUGGUAAAAGUAUAAAUAUACAAAUUAAUGGUGGACAUAUAUAUAACCUAGAAUAAUUAGUUUAUAUGUCGAUUUGGUGAAAGCCAAAGAUGAAUAUAUUUCCAUGUGGAGAUUGGUUCCUAAGUAGAGAGCUUUCUCGUUCAUUUUUGAUUAUAUGUUCUAUUCUUUUUACUCAUAUAUUCUUCAUUAUCAAUAUACUCAUGUAAGUGACAUUUGGUGAUUUGAAAUCAAGCAACCAAAUUAAAGAAACAUUCUACUGUAAUCAUGAUGUUUUUUUUAUCAGGCAAAGCAAUUUCUUCUGUUGAUAU